AUUCAUUUCCUUUCCCAUGGAUGACGAGGUGCGCCAGAUUUUCGACAAGUUCGACAAGAACGGCGACGGCAAGAUCUCCUCCGGCGAGCUCAAGGAGAUGCUUCAGUCUUUGGGCACCAAAACUACGUCGGAGGAAGUCGACCGUAUGAUGAGCGUGAUGGACAAGAACGGCGACGGCUUCAUUGACCUCAAGGAAUUCGCCGAGGUCCAUUGUGCCGGAGCUAAAACUAGCGCCGAUGACACCAAGGAGCUCCGUGACGCUUUCGAUCUGUACGACCUGGACAAGAACGGAGUGAUAUCGGCGACCGAGUUGCACUCGGUGAUGAGGAAGUUGGGGGAGGAGUGUUCCCUAAGUGACUGCCGGAGGAUGAUCAGCGCCGUGGACGACGACGGUGAUGGGAACGUGAAUUUUGAGGAGUUCAAGAAAAUGAUGACUCGGUCUUAUAGUCACACUGAAUGAAAUC